UGCGCUUCGUCUGACGAAGUUUUCGUCAAACGUCAUUAUAAAAAAGAAUUCAUUGACAGUGACGAUCGUCAACGUGGUUUCGCAGAUAGGUUGAUCUUCCUCAAGGGCCGAUCCUCUCAAUUCUCUUGCCACCCCAUCUGGUCACAACCCCUACCCUUGGGCGGAAAAGUUCCAAGCUCGUGAAAAAAGUGCAGUGCAAACAAAAUUACGUGAUGUACUGGAAAUGGUGACAAAGACUCUAGAGAACAUAUGUCUGGGUCUAUUUCUUCCAGAUCACGUUAAACGGAAGUAAGAAUGUCCCUUCAUUGGGAAAAACUUUCCCCGGCCGAGUUUCAGCAGCUGCAAGACUUAGCAGCUUACUCUACUAAAAAGCUUCAGGAUGUUCUCACUGAAUUCUGUGGCACUGCCACAACACCUGGUAGUCUUGCAAAAUAUCAUCCGGAUGGGGUGAGUUCAUCCCAUCUAUUGUUAUGCAACAACUCAGACAUCGACUAUGAUGGGUUUCGUAAAUUUCUCGACACCUACCUUGAAGUUACCACUCCCGACGAGCUUUCUCGACAUCUUUUUUUAUCAUUCGUCAAAAAAGGACAUCGAGGAAUUGAUGGCAAAGCUCUCAAGGAGAUGGCAGUACUGUCUUCCACGACGGCGUGUGCGGCAAUUACAUCGCAUACAACGUCCUCGAGUAACGUGAAUAGUACUGGACUACCUGGAGGAACUUCUACUGAAAGUCAUGGUUCAUCUUUUGCCGAUAAAAUCCACGGACUCACGGAAAAACUUCAAGCCCUUGGGCAUCACAGGACAGACAGCGAAGCUUCUGCAAAAGCGCGAACAGGUAGCGUGCAUCCGACAUUGACAGUGGCUCACACGUCCUACAGUUGUCACGAUGUACUAGAGAAGAAGAGCACGGAGAGCAGCCCCAGUCAUAGUCAGAUGUCACGAAACUCCUCCAGAAAGUCAAAUAAUUCCCUUCUCGUCAACAACGGAAAAUAUGAAGAUAUGAGGCACCUUGUUAGAAAACAAAGCACAAUAGACGUUCAUUCAGUCAAAGUCAGUUUGAAAGAUAUCGUAUGUUAUCUUUCGCUCCUGGAAGCUGGGACGCCGGAGGACAAAUUAGAAUUCAUGUUCAGACUCUACGACACGGAUGGCAAUGGAGUUCUCGAUACAAAUGAGACGGAUUGUAUCGUUAACCAGAUGAUGAAUGUUGCCGAAUACUUGGGAUGGGAUGUCUCGGAACUGAAACCGAUUCUAGAGGAUAUGAUGGUAGAGAUAGAUUACGAUGCAGAUGGAACGGUCUCAUUGGAGGAAUGGAAGAGGGGUGGGUUGACGACAAUCCCUCUUCUCGUUCUCCUGGGUUUGGAUUCUCAUGUCAAAGAGGAUGGAAAUCAUCUCUGGAGACUGAAACACUUUAGCAAACCAGCUUACUGCAAUCUCUGUCUCAACAUGCUAGUCGGCCUUGGCAAAAAAGGACUUUGUUGUGUUUUUUGCAAGUACACUGUCCACGAAAGGUGUGUCCAGAGAGCACCAGCAUCUUGUAUAGCAACAUAUGUAAAGAGCAAAAAGACUUCGCAAAUGAUGGUCCACCACUGGGUCGAGGGGAACUGCCAUGGAAAAUGCUCAAAAUGUAAAAAGACAAUAAAAAGUUAUAAUGGCAUCACAGGCCUUCACUGUCGUUGGUGUCAAGUGACACUUCACAAUAGAUGCGCAUCCCAGGUACGAGCUGAGUGCAACCUGGGAGAACAUGCAGUCCAUAUACUACCACCCACAGCUAUUUGUCCUGUUGUUCUGGACAGACAAAGAUCGCUUUCGAGGGAUAGCAAAAGGGGAAGCAAAUACGGCCAAGAUUCGUCUUCAGUCAGUUCUGGGGGCUUUCUCACGUGCAAUUCCUCGACAAAUCAGCAGCCAGCCAUGUCUUUUCAAAUUACACCACCACCGGGAACAUUACCGCUCCUGGUGUUCAUAAAUCCAAAAUCAGGCGGAAGGCAAGGAGAGAGAAUGCUAAGAAAGUUUCAGUACAUUUUAAAUCCUAGGCAAGUUCACAAUCUAGCUGUCGGAGGUCCUAUGGCAGGUCUCCAGCUAUUUAAGGACGUUGAAAAUUUUAAAGUCAUCUGCUGUGGUGGAGAUGGAACCGUAGGAUGGGUUCUUGAAACAAUGGAUCGUGUACAGUUUGAUAAUCAACCAGCAGUGGGUGUAAUUCCUCUUGGAACAGGAAACGAUUUAGCAAGAUGUCUUCGAUGGGGCGGUGGUUACGAAGGAGAAGCUAUUUACAAAGUUUUGAAGAAAAUAGAAAAAGCAACUCCUGUGAUGAUGGAUCGAUGGCAAAUAGAGGUCACGGAUCAAAAAGAGGAGAAAAAACCAAAUCAGGAUAGUAUCCCCUACAAUAUCAUAAACAAUUAUUUCUCGGUGGGCGUUGACGCUGCGAUUUGUGUCAAGUUUCACCUCGAAAGAGAGAAGAAUCCUGAAAAAUUCAACAGUAGAAUGAAAAACAAGCUUUGGUAUUUUGAGUACGCCACCACGGAGCAAUUCGCUGCCAGUUGCAAGAAUCUUCACGAGGAUCUCGAAAUUAUCUGUGAUGGCGUACCUUUGGACUUGGCACACGGUCCUUCCCUUCAAGGUGUGGCUUUACUAAACAUUCCUUUUACUCAUGGGGGUUCAAACCUCUGGGGUGAACAUCAUACGAGGCAUCGACUCGCAAAAAGAAAGAGCAAGAGACCUGACAAGGAAUUGAGUACAAGCAGUUUCAAUUCUGUGGAUCUCACUGUUGCAAUCCAAGAUAUAGGAGAUAAUCUCAUCGAGGUGAUUGGACUGGAGAAUUGUUUGCACAUGGGUCAAGUUAAAACUGGACUUCGGGCUUCCGGUAGAAGAUUAGCUCAGUGUAGUAGUGUUACCAUUAAGACUUUCAAAAGAUUCCCCAUGCAAAUCGACGGCGAACCCUGGAUGCAAGGCCCGUGCACAAUUCACAUAACGCAUAAAAACCAAGUUCCGAUGUUGAUGGCACCACCUCCCGACAAAAGAAAAGGUUUCUUCCAUUUCCUGAAGAGAUGAACACGUAAUUUGAGACGCGCGAAUCGCGUCCAUCCACUCGAUGAGAUCUGAGCUUUUUCCCUAGUUCCCGUCUAGUCCAGCCAUCACCAAAAUAGCCACGUUCGCCUAUCAUAUAUUAUUACAUUAUGAAACACAUUACUCAUUUUAGACAUAUAUACCAUAUGUGCGAAGCGAAAACUUUCGUACGUCCGUAAUAAUUCUUUUAGCGCUCUUAUGAGUUGUCUUUAAGAGACCGUUAAAUCGAGUAGAAAUGUCUUUAUGUACAGUAUUUUCGAGAUUAUAUUCGAGGUUGUAGGAUUAUUAGACGCGUGAUAGUUAGUCGGAAGGCUCGUUUUCAAUUUCGUAACAAAGAAAAAUCAUUAUUUCAGAACUACAGUAAGAAAUCCCGCAGGAAAUUACUGCAUUUAUUAAUGUUAUAGGUAAUUAGUUAAAUUAGAAGUCCGGAUGAAAAUCUAGGGAAUGAACUAAACGCGGGUGUGUAGGAAAAUCGUUGAUUUUGAUAUGGGGCUAUUCAGAAGUUACGUCACGCUUCCAGGAAGUGCGGGUUAACAGUUUAAAAAUUAAUUUUUUUUAUCUGAAAAUCUUACUAUUCUAUUAAUUGC